CUCAUGUCCGGCAGGACAAUUCCGACCUCAAUAAAAGGUCUCCGGGUGCCUCUGCUCCUCACACACCUUCAGCUCUCAGCAAGAACGGUGAGUGUUUCCUACCAGGGAAUCUCAUUUGGCUUUGGGUGAAUUGAGGUUGUGUCUUUGUGUCUGAUGUCUGCAGAGCGUUGGGCUGGAUGGAUCUUUAAAGGCGUCUUCCGACCCAAAGUGCUCUUUGAUUCUGUGGAUUUGUGGUUCCGGGGGUUUGUAAUUCCCUGGGUUUGUGAUUCCAAGGUUUUACAGUUCCAUGGUCUUAGCGUUCUACGGUUGCAGGGUUCCACGGUCUGCAGCUCUCUCUGAAAUCCAGAUUUUUGUGAGACUGUUGAUCUGUUGGCUCUUGGAAAAGGUGGAGAGAGUGGAAAAUUGGCUGCUCAGGGUGGAAAUUCUGGGAGGGAACGUCCUGGAUGAGCACAGUGCGGGCACUUCCCAGGAGGAUUCAAAUAUCUCUGGGACAGAGCAACAGAUCCAAGAGUUGGUUUGAUUCCUGCGAGGAUCUUGGGUUUCCAACUCAAGGCAAAGAAAUACGAGGUGGGAUGGGGAUGUGGGCCUGGGCAGUGUGGAAAAAUGGGUUGGAUCUCAGAGUCCUUUGUGUUCCAGGUCCUCGCUCCGGCCACCCUUCGCUCCUCUCCCAACACCAUGUGCUCCACUGGAUGCUGUUCCACGGGAUGCUGCUCUGUCGUGAAGAGCAAGACCGUGUGCUGCAGCCCCUGCAAGACGGUGUGCUGCAGCCCCUGCAAGACGGUGUGCUGCAGCCCCUGCAAGACGGUGUGCUGCAGCCCCUGCAAGACCGUCUGCUGCUCCCCGUGCCAGCAAUCCUGCUGCUGCGACCCGUGCCAGAAGCCUUGCUGUGACCCGUGCCAGUCUUGUUGUGACCCGUGCCAGAAGCCAUGCUGUGACCCGUGCCAGUCCUGCUGUGACCCGUGCCAGAAGCCUUGCUGUGACCCGUGCCAGUCCUGCUGUGACCCAUGCCAGAAGCCAUGCUGUGACCCAUGCCAGUCUUGUUGUGACCCGUGCCAGAAGCCAUGCUGUGACCCAUGCCAGUCCUGCUGUGACCCGUGCCAGAAGCCAUGCUGUGACCCGUGCCAGUCCUGCUGUGACCCAUGCCAGAAGCCAUGCUGUGACCCGUGCCAGUCCUGCUGUGACCCGUGCCAGUCCGUGUGCUGCACCAAGGUGUGCCAGAAGUCGGUGUGCUGUGUCCCCCGGCCCUGCUGCUGCCCCUGCGGGUCCCUGUCCUGCUGCUCCUGCGUGGUGAAGAAGCCCGUGAUGGUUUGCUGCACCCCGGUGAGGAAGUACUGCACGCCCUGCAUCCCCAUCCAGCAGUGCUGCGCCAGCCUCAAGAAGAGCUGCUGAGCUCACCCCGGGUGGCUCUGAGGGCUCCACAGGAGGAGGUGAAAAGCUGCUCGUUUACUUCUGCUUCUCAUCAUGAUGGAGCCAAUUCACAACGAUCUUCUUCUUCUUCUUCUCCAGCUUAAGCUGCAGCUUCUUUCUGUCCUUUAGUUGUUGACUGUCUUUAAUUAUUGACUUCCUUGGGUACAACCUGAA